AUGAACAGACAAGCACGGUAUGCUCUCUGUGGUAUUGUGUAUCUGGGUAGUUAUCAUUUCUCGUGUCGAAUUUUUGAUGGGCUUAAUGUUUGGACUUAUGAUGGUAGAAACAACGACGGAGUCCCUCUUUUUGAAGCGAUGGUAUCUGAGAUUGACGGACUUGAUCUUUCUUGCUUGAAUGGUCGCGAGGCUCACGUCUACGUUUACAGCCUUCAAAAUGCUGAUCAAUUUCAGACUUAG